AUGGCGAAUGAUAAAAUCAUCUUCUUCAGAUUGUUCACAAAACGUGAAAAACCGGACAACAAAGAAGCCUCGGGCAACAGCAUACAGUCCACACUGCCCAGUCCAAUCGCGAAGGACCUCGUGGAAAAUCCGACAGAGGUGAGCCGGACUGUGCCGACCAAAUACACGGUCACAAUGAAACUGACGGGAGGAUUGUCCAAAGAUUCAGUUGGUCCGCCAAUUCGUCAAACCCUGCUCACUCCGUCGGCUGAUCAACUGACUCGAAGGUCCUCGACACGAAGUGUGCGAAGAUAA